AUGGCAACGGUGAGAAUCACUCGAAUUUAUUCAGAUGAUACAGGAGAGUCACAUUUUGAUGAAGUUACCACACCAUUAAAAGAUCAAGGUGCAAUUGGAUUUAUUUCAGAAGCAAUUGGCGCUAAAAAUAUCUUUUUUCGAUAUACUCCAGGUGAUUACAAUUUUGAUUUCCAUAAUGUACCGAGAAGACAGUUUAGCAUAAAUCUGGACGCGAGUGUAAAAAUUACGGUUAGUGAUGGGAAAUCACAAAUAUUUCCACCCGGUUCACUCUUGUUCGCCGAGGAUACCAGUGGAAAAGGACACUUAUCUCAAGUGUAG